GUGACAGCAAACGCAUGCUCAAAAGUGUGAUUAGUUUCGCACCCUGACAAAAAUAAUGAUGAUUUUCUUUAUUACGUGCAAUGUAGUCACAAAAAUGAUACUCCUUUAAUACCCCACCGCAAGAAAAACCACGAGGACAAUAUAUUAAGCAACAAUGGAAGUUGAGGAAAUCGUCGAUUUUUCCAAGCACAAAACCCCGGAUGUAAAGCUCAAAAACCAAAACAGUCAAGAUUUGCAAAUGACAUCGAGUACAACGUCGAGUUUGGCUUCCCCCGGAGACUCCGGAGUCCAGUUGUUGGACAGCGAGAGCGAAAUCACGUCCGUGAUGUCCGUUAGUGGAAUUGGCUGUGAUAUCGACGCCGAUAAGCCUGACAAUAAAGAAUUCAAUCAAAAUUUUAACCAUUAUUUCGACAAGUUCGAGGCUGGCAUCUCGAAAUGUCUCGAAAAGUCGAAAAAAGAGGUCUUGAACAAGUCUCUCAGCGACGAGGUGUUCGAAAUGGAGCAUCCGAUCAAAGACUCGGACUUGAUGAAUGUUUCGUUGAACAGCUAUGAGCUCCUCGACUACACCCUUCAAAACAAAAAUCUCGACCAAAUGCACGUCAGCAUGUCGGAGGAAGUGAACGAAAACCUGAAAGUGGUUGAAAAACCGGAAGAACAGAUCGUUUUCCGGCGCCAACGCAAGAAAAAAUCAAAAUCGGACACCCCCAAGAAGCGAGUCUCCUUCCACGAGGACAUUUUAAACAGUACGAAAAUCGACGAUAUUCACAUCAAUCAUGGUUUCAUCACGCACGAGCCCGACGUCUCGCUCAGCUUCUUCCAGCGGGGCUUUGUGCGGAGGCCGGACGUGGUCAAGGGGCGGUACAGUUGGGCCGCGGAGGGCGACGCCCCCUACUACGAGAAAGCCCCCACAGAGAGGGAGACCAAAUCGGACUUGUAUUGCCAACGCAACACGCGAUUCUCCUCAACUUCGUCGAGCUCCACCGGGAGUGAUGAAGACGACGAAAAGAAAAAGCCGACUUUGAUGCAACCGAAAUCGAGUUGUUUGAAGAAAUCCAAAGUGAGGAAAAUUGACACGAAAAUUGUCCAAGAAGAAACGAAUCGAAAGCGAAAAUCGGAGAGUAAUCUACUAGAUUCGAAUAUUUUCGGUAGUUUGAAGAAUAUUUUAACGUUUUCGACGUCGGUUCCCCUAGCGGAGAGGGGGGUCCCGGAGGGGCAAGAAGACUUUGCGGUUUAUGAGUCGAACCGGCGCAAAUCUUGCACGAAUUUGGCGUUUGAACCGAUCGUUGCACAACCGGUUGUAACCGACAAACCUCUCCCGACGAACAAAACCAAUCUCAAGUUGACGGCAAGCGAGGGGUUUUACCCGAAUUACCCCACGAAUCAGAAUCUCCCAGCGAAUGUUAUCGUUUGUGAUAGCAAUGUUUACGAGCACAAAGGGAUAAGUUACUCGUACGAAUACGACAAGUUUCAGAAAUCUUUCGAGCAGGAAAAUAAACCGAAAAGUUCGACUGUGUAUCAAAUGAUCUUAAAGGAGUUUAACUUUUUCCGUAAGAAGGCUAAACAACCGGAAAAGGAACCGGACGAUUUUGAGAUCGUCCCGAAUCCAGUACCGGAAAAAAGCAACAGUAUUGAAGAAGUCCAAGAAGUCGAAUACAAAAGUCCCAAAAACUCGAUCAGUAAAUAUGCUUCAAGCACGAAAAUGGAUUGGUCUGAUAAUGAGACUAUUUCGGACAUGGGGGAAAACCCCACUCGGCAUUUGCACUCGCCGAAACGGCGAGUGAGUAAAAGCAAUCAUUACUCAUUAAGUCCGUUUAAAGUAUCAAGUGAGCAGGAGAGUGGUUUGGGUAAAAGUUUGCAAAAUUUAAAACCGGCCACUUCGAAAUCCUCGCUCAUAAAUCGAUUUUUGCGCAACGUCACUUUGAAGAAAAUGUUAGAUGCGAAAGCGCAGAAUAAGCAGAAGAGUUGUCGCAAGUACAUGGGGUUGUAUGUGAAAGGGGUCCAGUUUGAGUACAAGGGGCGGGAUGAGGUGGAUGAGGCCUUGGAACGGGAGAUUCUAAAAGGGAUGGAAACGUGUAAAAAUUCGGAUGUGGUCGAUCAAAAGUUUGCGAUGCAGUUGAAAAAGGAGAUUUUCAGAAGUAGAAUGGAAUGCCUUUUGCGGGUUUUUCCCGUACGCAGCGCUUAUGCCACGAAUGGCGAGAGCAAACCUCUGCUUUUGAUCCUAAGCGAUACAACUCUCUACAUAACAGGAAUCAAAAUGGGAAAUUCGCUUUGCAAUCAUUUUGUUCUGCCAUAUAAUGAGCUCAAUACGAUUCUAAUAGGGCCAAGUGAACAAACUAUACAUUUAUCAAAUUACGAUAAAGACAUGCAAUGUAUUAUUACAACGGGGUGUGGAAAAAUAACCGGUGAUAUUGUGGGGCAACUUGAAGUAGCAAUGAGACGUGAUAUGAGCAAACCACGAUUACCAGCUGUCAAACAUCUCAGUAUGAGGGAUAUGGGGAAUUUGAGAAGAGCGAUUUGCAAACAAACUUCAGUCGACAAGGAGGAGGAAUAUUUUUAUUAUAGCAUCGUAAACAUUCAAGAUUUUAAUCCGGAUAUACCGGAGGUAACUCCUUUGGGUCCCAACAAGGAGGGUCCUUUGAUGUUCAAAACGUCCGACAGUGAGGCACGAUGGGAAACCGCCUACUUUAUACUUAAGGCUGGUGUUCUUUAUAUGCUAUCAUCGGCCUCCCAAAGGGUUCCAAUGCGUGUUUUUCCCCUAAUAAAUGGCUCAUGUCAGGGGGCUCGACGCGUCUUCAACUGUCCUCGACCACAUACAUUCCAGUUAAUCGUCGAAGGGAAAAGUCUGCAUCUGGCAGCCCCCGACGAGUACGUCGCCAGUGAUUGGUUGCAAUAUUUAGUACACGCAGCGAGCGGGGGCUACAACCAGAAAGAGAAAAUGUUGACUCAAUCGUGUUCGCUUUUGAUGACGAGUGACCACAUUUUGACGGUGAGGGAGGCUUUUCCGUGCACGGUUUCGUCGCUGUUGCCCCCGAAAAACCAGCACCAGCCGAUUAAAGGCCCUCAAGUUUUGUCAUGUGCUGCGAUAAGCGAUUUGGUGGCGUUUCGGUUGCCUUCCGCUGAGCAGAGUUGGUGUGUUUUGGAGUUUUCGUGCAGAGAGGUGCACGAGUGUAGCGGCGAUUGGAUUUUAUAUUUUGCGACGAAUGUCGAGCUUGAGAAUUUUAUAUCAACUUUGGAGGUUCUUUGGACUUACAAUAAUGAAAAUGGAGAUAGUUUCCCGUUGAGUACUAUCCCGGAAAGCGACCCCUUGAGCAAGAAAUGUGUGGAUAUUUAUACUUCUUUGAAACAACUCUGGCCGUCUAAUAGUGUACAUUUACAGUUUCUGUAAUUUAUUGCUUUAUUUCAGUUUUUUUAACUGUAUAUAUGGCCGCUUGAUAUAUUUUUCUAGGCAAUUCCAAGUUUAUUUUAAUUUUCUAGUCAUUUUUCUUUUAUUUAUUGAUUGAUAUACAAAUGUGAUAGAUACUGAAAUAGUUUUUGUAUCAAUGCUUGCUGUAAUGCACAUGUAGACAAAGCACAGCUUAGUUAAUAGUAGCAUGGUAAUAAAUGUCACUCUUUUGGCUGAGAUUUGGUAAUUUUAAUCGGUUUUGUUUGGAGUUUUAGAAGAACUGUGAUAUUUUGUUACCGUUUGAAUUUAGAAUUGUCCAAAUCUUAAAGCCAAAGUAAAAUAUUUAAAGGGAUUGAUAUUGAACAUAAUCCGUUUUUCUCAAUUUGAAGAUAUUGUUACCCCAUGUACCCGGUGACUAAAUGAUUAUGAUUUAUCUCAAGUUGGUGUCAAAUUUAAAAUUCUAGUUUGGCAACCUUGACUUUCAAACUGAAACUUUUAUAGGCAAAUGGCAAUAAUUCAGUGUUGCCAAUAGGUAUUUUGUCACAAACAUUAAUAGUCACCCGGUGUCUUGAAUGGUGCUUCAGUUAGGAAUAAUUUGGUGCUGUUGAACAUUAUUUAAAAUUUGUUAACGGUUCAAUUGUGAUGUAGUGAUAAUUAAUUUGAUUCCAACUUACCUAAGUAUUUUUUGCUCAGAUAUUAACUUCACUGUACUAAAUGAUGUAGUCCUUAAUACUCAAUAAAACCAAUUAAACUGAA